AUGGUGUCCGCCAACCUCACCCUUCCCGCCACCAUGCGGGCUCUCUUGCUCACAGGUCUAUACAACGUCACUGUCCAAGACGUUGCAGUCCCAAAACUCGUCUCUCCAACUGAUGCAAUCGUCAAGUUGACCACCGCUGGUAUAUGCGGGUCGGACCUCUAUGCCUAUCGAGGGUUCUCCCCGGACCAGGACCCUUAUGUUCUUGGACACGAGGGCAUCGGCUAUGUUGUGCAAACCGGCAGCGGCGUCUCUACCGUGUCUGUCGGAGACUAUGUUGUCAUCCCUGAUAACUUUCACCACGGACAGUUGGAAAUGCAGCCUACUUUCCCGGUUUCUUAUGGAGGCGGAGUGCAAUCUCCCGAUGUAUCAGGACUCCAAGCUGAGUAUGCUAUUGUCAAGGCUGCCGAUGCUAAUCUAUUCCGCCUUCCCAUCCAUCGAAAUGAGACGACUGAGGCUCUGGAGCAGAGUUAUCUUAUGACAGGAGACAUCUUUUCCACUGGAUGGACGGCAAUCACCUGGUCUGGCUUCGAGCCUGGUGACUCCGUUGCCGUCUUUGGUGCAGGCCCAGUGGGUCUGAUGGCAACAUAUAGUGCUCUACUCCGUGGCGCUUCUCGCGUCUACACCAUCGACACGUCCAAGAACGUCUUGACGUCGCCAAUCACCCAGAUCCAGAAGCUUGAACCUUCUGGCGUGAAGCGAGCUGUGGACUGUGUUGGCCUAGAAGCACUCAACAGUAGUCUCGCGUUUGAACCCUCCAUCAUUGUUCGGCAGAUGGUGAACGUGACCGGCUUUGAAGGAGGACUGGGCCAGGUUGGCGUGCAUGCGUAUACACCUGGUACUCAAGCCGCUCUAGACCAUCCACAGCUCAGCGCUGACAUUACUUUUCCGGCCACGAGUUUCUGGACAAAGUCGCUUCGGCUGCAGGCGGGUAUUGUGCAGCCAUAUCGGAUCGCGCCGCAGCUCAUCAGUCUGAUCUCAAGCGGCGUUGCGAAUACCAGUUUCAUAACCACUGCGGUGAUUAACAUUGAGGAUGCGCCAGAAUACUACGAGCGGUUCAACCGUACGGAAGAGGUUAAGGUCCUGAUCUCGUUUUCUCGAUGA